GCCAGCAGCCUGGGGGAUAACAGUCCUGCCUUGGCAUUUUCCUCAGCCUUGGUUAGAGCUUUACAGUGAACAAGUUAGCUGACAGAUAAAGGAAGCUGUGGAAAAACCAGACUGGGGACAGAUCCACAGAUUUGUUAGGACAGACGGCCACUGGGGCACAUCCCAUCCUCUUUACAUUGGCUGGUGCUCGAAAGCCACCACUUAGUACAACAUGGCAAGAUCACCAAAGAAAAAAACCCCAAAGGGCAAGAAAGGCAAGAAAGGCAAGAAAGUCAAGAAAAAGGACGCAGACAAAGUCAUUAUUGCUCCGUACGUCAGUGAGAAGGAGAAGUACCUGCUGAAGGAAUAUGCCACCCUGACAGAGCACGUCCAGACCUACACGCAGCGGGUGCGACACUUCCAGUGGGAAAACGAGUUCCUGGACAAGGAGGCCCAGCAAAUCCGAGACAUCAGCAAAGCCUACCUCUCCUACUUGCUCAAGCGCACCCUCCGAUGCCAGAAUGCCAUCAUCUCCUUGAAUGACCAGAACCGCUCAGACCUAGCCCAGAUCCGGAAGCAGAAGUUAUUGCUGACUGCACAGUACGCAAGCCAGGGGAGGGUGGUGCGGACCCAGCUGAUGGAGAGGGAGGCAAAUUUCUCCCUCCUGAACAAGGAAGUGGAAGCCAUGCAGCCCUUGAGAGACCUGCAGUUGGAGCAACUGGCCCGGAUCCGGGAGCUGGAAAAGGAGCUGCUGGUCAUGAAAGUCCAGCACACGGACCAGAUGCACAAGGUCAAGAGCCGGUUCCUCCAGCAGAAGGCAGACUACGAGUGGGAGGCUCAGCAGAAACUCCAAGCGCUGGCCAAACUGGCAGAGAAGGAGGCUGUGCGGGUUCUCAUCCAGCACACCAAGCAAGUGAAAGCAGACAACUGGCGGCUGCGCCAUGAGCUGCUGAACUUCAUGAGGAGAGCCGAAGUCCUGAAGGGCCUCCUGCUGCAGCUGAGAGGGCAGCAGCAAGAGCUCCUGCGGGAGCACCAACACAGCCAAGACCUGGCCCGCAUGCGCCACUGGCUGAGGCAGCGCCAGGCUUGCCUGCACCUCACCCCGGGCCAGGCAUUCAGGUGCAGCCCGUUAACCAAGCGCAGGCUACGCUCCUCUCCAGCCACGUGUGCCAAGGCCCCCAGGUCAGCCACAAGCAGUUCUGAUGGAGAAGGCUCCUUGCCACCUGCUAGCAUUCCGGAGCUGGGGAGUGGGAAGCCAGCUGGGUCUGCUAGCAGAGAGUCUCUGGCAUGAAUGCCAUCGAGAGCAGGGGCGGCGCUUGCAGUGGGGGGUGCCUUGCCAGUGGCAUGCUGAGGAGUGACUGCCCGGGCAGAGUUGAGCACCUGCUGCAACCUCCACUCAGCUAAGGAGGCCAAGGGGUGGGCGGCGGGGGGGUGGCUGGCACCUCCAGGGUAUGCUGCCUUGGGCCGCUCUCACCGCUGGAUGGGAGCGGCACACACAC